UUGAUUAUUUAUUUAUUUUUCUGGAAUUUUCGCUUUUUUUCUCUCUUUCUUCUUUUUCUUAUUGUCUCUUUUGCAUUUCCUUUACUUUUCCUUUUUGUUUUGAUAUUCCUCUUUUCUCUUUUCAUUGUGCUUUCUUUUUUUUUUCUUUUCCCAUAUGUUCUUCUUCUCACUUCCCCCUUUCUCUAUUUUAUGUUUUCUUUUCUUAUUUCUUUUUUCUUUUUUAUCUAUUUUUCUCUUACUUUUCCUAUUUUAUCCCUUCCCUUAUUCUUCCAUUCUUUCAUUUCAUGUCGCGUUUUUUUUUGUUGUUUUGCUUUCUUUUCUUCUUUUCAUGUCUCUUUCCUUUUUUUUCUUUUCUUUUUAUUUCUUAUUUUCUCUUCUUUUUCCCUUCUUUUCCCUUUUCAUUUUAUUUUUAUUUUCUUUCUGUCUAUUUCUUGUAUUUUCCUUUGCGUUUUUUUUUUUGUCACUCAUUUUUUCCACUUUCCUCUUUUACCUUUAUUCUUAUCUUUCUUUUCUUUUUCAUUUUCUCUUUUCCUUCACUUUUUCUUUUUUUUUCUCCUUUUUUUUUCGUUUUCUCUUGCUAUUUUUGUUUUCUUCCUUUCUUCACAUUUUCCUCUCUUUAGAAAAUAUUUUCUCUCUUUCAUUCUAUCUCUCUCUCUAUGUCUCUGCGUCCUCUCCCCCUCUCUUACUUUACUCAAAUUGAUCCAUUCUCUUACGUCUAAUAUAUUAAGCAACAACUGUCCUCUUGUCCUGACUCAAUUUCAACAGUCACUCUACGCUCUUCCUUUUACCACUCUAUACCUCUCCCUAUCUCUCUGUGUCCCUCACUUUUUCUCACUCUCUGUGAGCAUUCCCCCUCUACUUUUUCUUUAUACUGCGGAAAUCUCCCUCAUGUUUUCCACGGCGUCUCCAUUGAACUAUUUUUUUUUAUGUGGGAAUUAUACUUUCUUUCUCUCUAGUUCUCUCUCUCUCUCUCUCUUCUCUCUCUCUCUCUCUCUCUCUUUCUCACUUUUUCUCUCUUUCUCUCUCUCUCUCUCUCUCUCUCUCUCUGUCUCAUUCCCUUUCAAUGGUACUUACUCAAUGAUUUCUCUGUUUGCUUGCUCUAUGCGAUCUUUGUCCGCGUUUUUCCACGUUGGUUCUUUGGAGGAGCCCUUCUCCCCUUACUCUCUCUUUUUUUCCAAAUUGCAGGCACUUCCCUAUAACACUCUAUAUAUCUCUCCCUAUCUCUCCGUCUCUCUCUCUCUCUCUCUUUUGGAACUUUCUUUUUCUCUCUCUAUCUCUCUCUCUCUCUCACUCUCACUUUUUUUCUUUUUCUGUCUGUCUCGCUCUUUCUACUCCCAUCCGAACUAUCUUUUUUCUCUGAAAUUUUCUUUCUCUCUAUCUUUCACUCACACUUUCUCUUUCUGUCUAUCUGUCUGUCUCUCUGUCAUUCCUCUCUACCCAUCUUUUUAUCUGAAAUCUCCCUCUUGUUUUCUACAUCUCCCCACUGAACUAUGUUUUUUUCUCUUUGGAACUUUUUUCUUUCUAUCUAUCUAUAUCUAUCUAUCUAUCUAUCUAUCUCUUUCUGUCACUCUUUCUCUCUCUCUCUCUCACUCUUUCUUUCUCUCUGUUUCAUUCCCUUUCCAUUAUACUUACACCAAGUUUUCUCUCUGUUUGCACGACUCGAUCUCUGUCCGCGAUUUUACAUGUUCGUUCUUUGGAUUCCUUCUCCCCCUUACUCUCUCUCUCUCUCUCUCUCUCUCCCCAAAUUGCAUUCUCUUCUCUUUACCACUCUACACAUCUCCCUAUCUCUCUCUGUCACUCUUACUUUUUUUCUCUUUCUCUGUGAACAUUCCUUUCUACAUAUCAGUUUAUACUACGGAAAUCUCCUCCUUCUUUUCCACGGUCUCCCUCCCUGAACUAUUUUUCUCUGUGGAAAUUUUCUCUCUCUCUCUCUCUCUCUCAUUCUUUCUCUUUUUCUCUUUCUGCUGGUUCUUAACCAUUUCUUCUUUCUCUUUCUGCAGGUUUCAUUCCCAUUCCAUUGUACUUACUCCACAUUUUCUCUCUGUUUGA